GAUUACAUUUCAACUCACCACCUCGUGGGUGUCACUCUUUGAAUAACUUUUACGCCUUCCCGGGCCAGGCAUGACAGAGUAUAAACUGGUGGUCGUUGGAGCUGGCGGAGUUGGAAAGAGCGCCCUGACUAUACAAUUGAUUCAAAAUCACUUCGUCGAAGAAUAUGACCCAACAAUCGAGGAUUCAUAUCGCAAACAGGUUGUGAUUGAUGGUGAAAUAUGCUUGCUUGAUAUUCUGGACACAGCGGGUCAAGAGGAAUACAGUGCUAUGAGAGAUCAGUAUAUGCGAACAGGUGAAGGCUUCCUAUGCGUGUUUGCAAUGAAUAACCACAAAAGCUUUGAGGAUAUCAACCAGUAUCGUGAGCAAAUCAAACGAGUGAAGGAUGCAGAUGAGGCACCCAUGGUUUUAGUUGGGAACAAGUUAGAUCUCACUCACCGAGUUGUAUGCGCUAACGAAGCAAAGAUGCUUGCCUGCUCUUACGGAAUCCCCUAUGUGGAAACAUCAGCGAAAACCAGACAAGGAGUGGACGAAGCAUUUUACACACUGGUUCGAGAAAUUCGAAAAUACAAAGAAAAAAAGGGCAAGGAACGUAAAAAGUGCAAGAAAAAAUGCUGUAUUCAGUGAGGCUUUGCGCCUUCUCCUAAUCUCCCGGGCUGUUGAGAAUGCUCCAAUUCCAAGCACUUAUCCGUCUUGCCUGCGUGGCGAACUCCAUUUCCUCUGAAGGUUGAAUCCUGCGACCAGGGGGACACUAUAACAUAAUUCGCUGCUCUCCUUGUCACUUGACUUGACCAGACUUGAUUGCAUUCCCUUGUUUAUUUUCCUCACCGGUCCAUUCUCACACACACUACCCCUGCUACAGGAUCCUAGCUUUAAUUUUUGGCCACUGUAUUGACUGAUUUCUUUUAUAUUUUCUUUCCAUUUUCCCUGGUAUAACACUC